UCUCGGCACCAGGAAGCCCGCCUCUGGUUUUAAGAUGUUAGGCCAACAGGGAAGCUUGGAGCCGCAGAGCUGGUCCGUCGCUCGCCUGGGUGCUGGGACCUGAGCUGCGGCGAGGCCGGGCUCGAGCUCGACCGCCCGAGGGAGUGUGCGUGUGCGCACCGCGGAGGGUGCGCCCGGAGGCCCGCGCCGCUGCCGCCGCCGCCGCCGCAGGAGAUCUAAUAUCAGCUACCUGUCCCUGUCACUCUUGACACUUCGCUGUCAGGGCUGCCGCGCGGGGGGCGGGCAGAGCGCAAACGGCGGCGUUAGCCUUCCUUAUUGGAGGGGUACUUGAGGGAGGGAGGGAGGGAAGAAAGGGGUCUUUGCCCACUCUGUUUCGCUUUGGAGCUUGGAAGCCUGCUCCCCAAAGACGCUCCGAACCGUGCUCUCCUACCCACAUCCCCAUGUCUCCUUUGGCCCGCUGACUUCGGCCGCCGGACCCUUUCGCUUGAGCCUUCCGAAGGGGACGGGGGCGGCUCGGCUCGAGGACUUUGCCGGGGUGGUGUUCCCUGCUCUGCCCGCGGCGGCCACCGCGAGGAAACUCCGCGCCUAGAGCGGGAAGCGAAGCAGGCAGCGGCGGCGACGGGGCUUCGGCCGGGCGGCAGCCCAGGACUCGUAGGGCGGCGCGCUCCUUCGUCCAUGAACUGCAUGAAAGGCCCGCUGCACUUGGAGCCCCGAGCAGCAGGGACCAAGCUGUUGGCCGCCUCCUCGUCCUCCUCCUGUCACCAUCCCCAGCCGCUGGCCAUGGCUUCGGUCCUGGCUCCCGGUCAGACCCGCUCCCUGGACUCUUCCAAGCACAGGCUGGAGGUGCACACCAUCUCUGACACCUCCAGCCCCGAGGCCGCAGAGAAAGAUAAGAGCCAGCAGGGAAAGAAUGAGGACGUGGGCGCCGAAGACCCGUCCAAGAAGAAGAGGCAGCGGCGGCAGCGGACUCACUUCACCAGCCAGCAGCUGCAGGAACUGGAGGCCACUUUCCAGAGGAACCGCUACCCGGACAUGUCCACGCGCGAAGAAAUCGCCGUGUGGACCAACCUUACGGAAGCCCGAGUCCGGGUUUGGUUCAAAAAUCGCCGGGCCAAAUGGAGAAAGCGGGAACGCAACCAGCAGGCCGAGCUGUGCAAGAAUGGCUUUGGGCCGCAGUUCAACGGGCUUAUGCAGCCCUACGACGACAUGUACCCGGGCUAUUCGUACAACAACUGGGCCGCCAAGGGCCUCACGUCGGCCUCCCUGUCCACCAAGAGCUUCCCCUUCUUCAACUCUAUGAACGUCAACCCCCUGUCAUCCCAGAGCAUGUUCUCCCCACCCAACUCCAUCUCGUCCAUGAGCAUGUCGUCCAGCAUGGUACCCUCAGCGGUGACCGGCGUCCCGGGCUCCAGCCUCAACAGCCUGAAUAACUUGAACAACCUGAGCAGCCCGUCGCUGAAUUCCGCGGUGCCCACGCCCGCCUGUCCUUACGCGCCGCCGACUCCUCCGUACGUUUAUAGGGACACGUGUAACUCGAGCCUGGCCAGCCUGAGACUGAAAGCAAAGCAGCACUCCAGCUUCGGCUACGCCAGCGUGCAGAACCCGGCGUCCAACCUGAGUGCUUGCCAGUACGCCGUGGACCGGCCCGUGUGAGCCGCGCACUGCGCCGGGAUCCUAGGACCGUGCCAGAUAGGGCAGCUCUGCCCUUGUUGAAAGACUGGGAAUUACGCUAGAAGGUCGCGGGCACUAAAGAAAGGGAGAAAGAGAGAGAGAGAGAAGAUAUAGAGAAAAAGGGAAACCACUGAAUUAAAGAGAGCUCCUUUGAUUUCAAAGGAAUUUCCUCAUUGUCUGACAUCUUUCACUAAAAAGUAUUUCCAACAGUUGCAAGGACACACACAAAUGUUUGACUGGAUAUGACAUUUUAACAUUACUAUAAGCUUGUUAUUUUUUAAGUUUAGCGUUGUUAACAUUAAAAUGACUGAAAGGAUGUAUAUAUAUCGAAAUGUCAAAUUAAUUUUAUAAAAAGCAGUUGUUAGUAAUAUCACAACAGUGUUUUUAAAGGUUAGGCUUUAAAAUAAAGCAUGUUAUACAGAAGCGAUUAGGAUUUUUUGCUUGCGAGCAAAGGAAUGUAUAUACUAAAUGCCACACUGUAUGUUUCUAACAUAUUAUUAUUAUAAAAAAUGUGUGAAUAUCAGUUUUAGAAUAGUCUCUCUGGUGGAUGCAAUGAUGUUCCUGAAACUGCUAUGUACAACCUACCCUGUGUAUAACAUUUCGUACAAUAUUAUUGUUUUACUUUUCAGCAAAUAUGAAAAAAAAUGUGUUUUAUUUCAUGGGAGUAAAAUAUACUGCAUACAAAUUGGU